UUCAGGUUCAACUCACACCAACCCAACAACAACGUGCUUAAUGCUCAUUUCUCACGUUGUCUCGUACAUCGCCUGACAGUUGAUACAAGAAUAAUAACAAUGAUAAAGUUUAAUUAAUAUUUCAUUUAUAUUCUUGUACGUAGUACAAUUAUAUUUGCAAUUUUUCGUCAGUUAGUAAAAAUUGUAACUUGAAUUACAAUAAUUUACGUUAAAGUCAUGUGUCUUGUACGGUGUGUUUAUAACCUAUAACUUUUUUGUUGGCACUGAAAAGAAUUUGUUUUUGAAUUCUAUUAUUUGUUUUAAAGUUCGUACAACUUCAAAACACGAUGGCCGAUGACAGUUUACUACCAGGCUCUAGCCUCGAGUUAAAAAUCAUGGCCGCAGAACGAAGUUUUAGUAGUUUAGAAGGCCAUGUAUGCGAAAACACUAUGAAAGGUAUCGCAGACAUGGGUUUUACGACAAUGACUGAAAUUCAAGCAAAGACGAUACCACCUUUAUUAGAAGGUAGAGAUUUAGUUGGAGCAGCCAAAACGGGAAGUGGGAAAACAUUAGCGUUUCUAGUGCCUGCCGUAGAACUUAUUUAUAAAUUAAAGUUCAUGCCGAGAAAUGGCACUGGCGUAAUUAUAAUUUCUCCUACGAGAGAGCUCUCAAUGCAGACGUAUGGUGUUCUAAAAGAGUUGAUGAAACAUCAUCAUCAUACCUACGGUCUAAUAAUGGGCGGUGCUAACAGACAAACUGAAGCUACAAAAUUGUCUAAAGGAAUAAAUAUAAUUGUUGCGACACCUGGACGAUUAUUAGAUCAUUUGCAAAAUUCUCCGGACUUUUUAUACAAAAAUCUUCAAUGUCUCAUCAUCGAUGAAGCCGAUCGUAUACUGGAUAUUGGAUUUGAAGAAGAAAUAAAACAAAUUAUCAAUUUAUUACCUAAAAGAAGGCAAACUAUGUUGUUCAGUGCUACCAAAACACCUAAAACCGAUGCGUUAACUACCUUUGCACUCAAAAAAGAACCCAUCUAUAUAGGCGUAGAUGACAGUAAAGAUGAAGCAACUGUUGAAGGAUUAGAGCAAGGAUAUGUAGUAUGUCCGUCGGAAAAACGUUUUCUAUUGUUAUUCACAUUUUUAAAGAAAAAUAGAAAUAAGAAAGUGAUGGUAUUCUUCAGUUCAUGCUUAGCAGUAAAAUAUUUUCAUGAGUUGCUCAACUACAUAGAUAUGCCUGUUAUGUGUAUACAUGGCAAGCAAAAACAAGAAAAGCGGACAACUACAUUUUUCCAGUUUUGUAAUGCAGAAACUGGUAUACUCCUGUGCACAGAUGUAGCGGCUCGUGGAUUAGAUAUUCCAUUAGUUGAUUGGAUUGUUCAGUAUGAUCCACCUGAUGAUCCUAAAGAAUAUAUUCAUCGUGUUGGACGUACAGCUCGUGGUGAAGGCAGUAGUGGCCACGCUUUACUUAUUCUGCGACCAGAAGAGUUGGGAUUUUUACAAUAUCUGAAAAAAGCCAAAGUUCCAUUGAACGAGUUUGAAUUUUCAUGGAAUAAGAUAUCAGAUAUUCAACUACAACUUGAGAAACUCGUAGCAAAAAAUUAUUUUUUACACAUUUCUGCUAAAGAAGCCUUUAAAUCUUAUGUUCGCGCAUAUGAUUCUCAUCAUCUCAAACAGAUAUUCGAUGUCGGAACAUUGGAUAUUGUGCAAGUGGCUAAAUCGUUUGGAUUUUCCACCCCUCCAGCAGUCGAACUUAAUGCAAAAGCCAUUCGCCCACGAAAACGUCACGGUGGUGGCGGUUUAGGAAAAUUUAAGAACCUUAACAAACCCGACAAUAAAAAAGUAUACACAUUUGUUCAACCGCCAGCAAAAAAGAAAAAGAACAAAUAAAUGAUAACUUGAGUUGUUUUAUUUUUAA